AUGCCAGAAAUCUCAGAGAAUACAGAAACCUCGCCCGUGGCUGAGGAAACACGCAAGAAGUUCAUCGAGUCCGAUGCUGGCGACGGAACCACCAGAGAAGAGCAGUACCUCCUGGGUGCAAAAUUGGUGCUCUGUAUCUUCUCCAUCUUCUUCUGUCUUUUCCUUUUCGCCUUGGACCAGACGAUUGUGGCGACGCUUUUGACAGAAGUGGGGAACAAGUUCAAUGCCUUUGACAGGAUCGGCUGGCUCACGUCGGGCUUCCUCAUAUCAAUGGCUGCUUUGGUUGCAGUAUGGGGAAAGCUUUCAAUCAUCUUUGGAAGAAAACUGACCAUGAUCGUGGCAGUGGUGCUUUUUGAGGCUGGUUCCUUGAUGUGUGCAUUGGCCGAUAGCAUGGAUGUACUUAUCGGCGGCCGUGUUUUGGCUGGUGUGGGUGGUGGAGGUAUCCAGACCAUGACGUUUAUCAUUAUCACCGAGAUUUUGCCCAUUCAAAGGAGACCCUUGGGUAUGGCGCUUUUGGGAUGCACUUUUGCCGUUGCCUCUGUGCUUGGACCGCUUAUUGGCGGAGCUUUCACGUCGCAUGUUUCGUGGAGGUGGUGUUUCUACAUUAAUCUUCCUGUGGGAGGAGUUGCUGGAGUGCUUUUCGCGUACUGCUUCAACCCACCCAAAACCAAGGGCAACUGGAAAGAGAAGAUCAUGAUGAUCGACUACGUGGGCGUGGUGCUCAUGACGGGGUCUUUUGUGGUUUUGCUUAUGGCGCUUACCUUGGCUUCUGGAAACGACUUUGAAUGGAACCUGGGUGGAGUCAUUGCCUGUUUUGUCGUGGGCGGCCUCGCGUUUAUUGCCUUUUGUGUUUGGAAUUACAAGUACACGAAACACCCACUUCUUCCCUGGGACGUUGUUAAGGUUCCACAGGUCAGCGCCGCUGCGUUUUCCAUGUUUGGCACGUUUGCCUACUUUAUGGCGGCCGUGCUUUACGUUUCUAUUUAUUUCCAGGUGAUCCACAGCGCCAGUGCGUGGAAAUCUGGUGUCCAUCUUUUGCCCAUGAUCAUUGCAACCGUUAUUACGUCCAUCUCCCUGGGUAUCUUGAUCAAGAAAACCCGACUCAUCAAGCCGUUUGCGAUUUUGGGUGCUGCCAUGGGUAUGGUUGGCUGUGGUCUUCUCACCCUUCUAGAUGUUGAUUCCUCCAAUUCCCACAAAAUCGGCUAUCUCAUCCCUCUAGGCAUCGGUACCGGUUUCCAGAUGCAAUCGGGAAUUUUGGGCGCACAGGUUGCAGCACCAAAAGCGCCUGGAUCAACCAUUAUGGCCACGACGUUGGUGAAUGUCUGCAGAACUUUCGGAGGUGCUUUAGCGGGAGCUUUGGCGGAUGCCGUUUACAGUGCUGCUUUGACGAACCACAUGAAGAAGACCUUGCCCAAACAAGGCGCCCAACUUGCCAAAGAGCUCGAUGGGGUGAAUCUCGAAUCGCUUAUUUCGUCCACCAAGCUUCUAGACCAGCUCAGUCCUGCCGCUAGAGCGUACGUGAAAGGAGAGGUGAUGAAUGCCAUCCGGGACACUUUCUACAUGUCGCUCGGAUUUGCUGCCAUAGCAAUGAUUGUCACCUGUUUCCAGACCAACCACCGUUUGCCUGACGUGGAGUUGGGGCAGAAAAAAGAGGAGAAGCCGCCAGCCAAUGAUGCAGAGGAGAUGAGCGAAGAGAGUCUGAAGGAGCAGUCCGACAGCGCCUCUAACAGUCAGGAAAAACCGUAA